GACCCAUCUCAGGGCAGUUAUCAAUGUUUCAAGUCGUUUUCGUACGGAGGGCGUUUUCAAAAGGCAUUGUUAGAAUCAGCGCUCUUACCAAAAGAGAUCAAAUUAUAGGUAAUAGUUCUUUUGAAAUAAUUCGUCGUCGUAGGGUGAAAACAAAGGAGAGUAUGAAAUUUCUUGUGUAAUCGAGGAAUACCUAUGAGAGUAAAGAAAGACUGUUGAAACUAUCUUCAGAGCUCAAGAAUUCUCGUUAACCAAGGCUUCUGGAAGCGCGUGCCGAGUCUUUCAGCUUAAUAAACGCAAUAAUGGCAGCCGAAUCGAUUCUUUUUGCCGUGGCCAUUUUUGUGCAGUUUGUUUACGGGAAGAAGUACACUUUCGAAGUUUCCAUGCAGUACAGAAGUCCAGAUUGCGUAGAAAGGCCAAUCACGUUGGUGAAUGGUUUGUUUCCAGGACCCACAAUCAAUGUCACAAGCGGUGAAACUCUAGAGGUGGAGGUGAAAAACAUGCUAGCGACUGAUGCUGUGACAAUACAUUUCCACGGGCAACUGCAGAAAGGAACCGUUUGGCAAGAUGGUAUCGGCCUGAUAUCAAGCUGCCCAAUUGCACCAAAGACUUCAUUUACUUACCGGUUUAAAGUCAAUUCAGAACCGGGCACAUACUUUUACCACGGGCAUGUCGGUGGCAUCCGAUCUGCUGGGCUCUACGGUAUGUUCAUCAUAAAUCCAAGUUCGGGGACAUCUCUAAAUUAUGAUGAAGAGCAAUCGUUAUUGCUUAGUGAUUGGUAUCAUGGCAGCCAUCUUGAAAUUGCCACAGGUCUGUUGGAAGAAAAAUUUCGCUGGGCAGGAGACCCCCAGUCUGUAUUGAUAAAUGGCAAGGGUUAUUACAACUGUACGGCCAAUUCGGUGCCGGUUAAUACAAAUUACCCAUACUUCAAACCCAGUAGUACUGUAUACUGCGCAGAUGCGCUGUGUCCGGGCAAUGAAGUGGUUGAAGUUUCACCUAAUAAAGUAGUAAGGCUGCGAUUAGGGAAUGUCGCAGAGCUAUCCUUUCUGAACAUAGCGAUCCAAGGUCAUAAUAUGACGGUGAUUGAAGCGGAUGGACAGCCGGUAUCACCCAUAGAAGUUGAAAACCUUGAUAUCAACUCCGGGCAGAGGUAUUCGGUACUCAUCAACACAACUCAAGCAGUGGAUGCUUACUGGAUAAGCGUCAGAUCGCGCCAUCGUAGUGGUAUUGUUACUGGAUACGCAGUUCUGAAAUACAGUGGAAGCAGUUCGUCUGUGCCUAGCGUUGAUCGCGAAACGGUUUCGUCAAAGCAGCCGAGAUGGGACGACAGCGCAUUCAGUGCCAAACAGCAAAAAUCAAUGAAAGGUACAAAGCAGGCGCCUGCCAGCAUAACACGAAGGAUUGUCUUAAUGGGCACGCAAGAACGGUUUCGUUGGAAACAAGGUGAAAGCUUCAACGACCACCGGGUGAAGAAACCUUGGCAGAACUGCGAUGCUACAGACAAACACUUGCGAUGGGCAUUGAACGGAAUUACCUAUAAAUGGGAGAACACCCCUGUUGCACACAUGAUGUACUAUAAUAUCAGGACGAAUAGCUUGAAUGAGUCACGGGGGUAUUACACAAUCUCACAAGGAGAUGUUAUUGAAAUCAUCAUACAAAAUUACCCAGCAUGCAACAAGGUAUGCGAACAACACCCUUGGCAUCUUCAUGGGCACAAAUUCUGGGUUGUUGGCAUGGGCAAUGGACUUUGGAAUGGCAGUGAUGCCCAGUUGGCCUCACUUGAUCCAGUGAACGCCAUUUAUAGAGACACUACAACGGUACUGCCCGACUCAGUGAAGCCAUUUGGAGGCCAAGCAGAACAAGGAGGCUGCGGGUGGACAGCGGUAAGGUUUGUGGCAGAUAACCCAGGAGUUUGGCCAUUUCAUUGCCAUGUGACUUGGCACUUCAUUAUGGGCAUGCAAGUUGUGUUUCUUGAAUCAGCCAAUCAGAUACAGGCUCCUGGUGACGACAUACCAAUAUGCGGAGAAGUGACACCUGGAGUCUGGAAACAAAAGAGUGAUGCCAUGACAUCAAAGAAAAGUUCAGAUAGCUGUGACAUAUCUGUAGAAUUGUGGGUUGCAUUAAUUGUGGGAUGGUGUUUUUGUUUUGGAUUGAUAAUAGCAUUGACUUUUUUCUGCAAAAAGUUAAGAGCAGAUGAGAAAGCUGCUGUAGAAUUUAACCUCCAAGCCAUAAAUACAUAGUUGUUUACUCAGCAGUCCGCACAAAUAGGCUCAUAAAUUUUUGUCUUGAGAUAUUGGAUAAAAAUGACUUGAUGACAAAGAGGGAAGCAGGUCAUGGGCUGACUGCCUAUCAAAGAAAACGGUCACCAGUCCAAUGCUGAUCCCUUAAGGUAAUUGCUGUUAUUUACUGGAAAUAGGCUAUUUGCAAUAAGCCUGGCUUAACAUAGUCCAUUGUGCUUUUGGGUUGCUAAAAUUAGCAGAAAUGUCACCAUUAUGACCCAUUUUUGGAUUUUCGAAGGCUACUUAUGUUGCUGCCUCACAAUAUAAAGGUAUUUUACCCCACAAGGGUGUAAAAGACCAUAAAAGGAAGUAAAGUACCUUAGAAUUAAUCGUAAAAUGUUAAACCGUAUUUAUUUCUGACACAUGAACAUUUAAUAGAAAUACACAGGGAUGAUGGAUGCCAAAGGACAUGAGGAGGGGACUUGACUUUCUAAAUAAAAACAGCUUUGCAACUACAGCAAAACAAAAUUACAAAAAACCUCAGUGAUUAGUCCCUCACUUCCAAAUUAGUGUUGCCCUUGAUUGUAAUUUAAGACAGUUUUGUGUCUGUUACUUACACAAAAAUUUUGCUUCCAUUUACUUAUUAAUGUAAUUAUGCAUUAAACGAUUUGAUUUAUUCGAAUAUUUAUAAUCUACCAAUGUGUAGCAAUACAUUUUUAAAGUUUUAAGUUUACAUAUCAUGACUAAGUAACAAGAGAUGGGGCUUGCCAUCUUAUGGCACAUAAAUUUCUAAAAAAUGAACCUCUUGGAAUUCCUUUGCUGAUAUUUCUGAUAUUCCUUAAAAGUUAUUUUGCAAAACAAGCUUGGGUUAUAGAAAAUAAAGCUCUUUGAUGACUUUUAGAAAUCAAUUGAUCAAAUUAGAAAUCAACAUCUUUAGAUCUGGUAUAAAAUGAUAAAAUAAUAAUUUUGGUAAAGAUUGCAAGUAAAAAAACAUAAUUUCGCUUAUAUUUUUUCUGUAAAAUGAGUUUAUACUCACAUCUACAUAAAACAUCAAUAAAAUUAAAUAUAAACGAAUAGAGGAUAAGCACAGUUUUCUGUCCUUGUUGCAAGUCUUAAAAUAUACAAUUGACCAACACAAAAGCCCCUUGCUUUGUCCAUCUGCUACUUCCAAAUUAUUAUUGUGCACAAUAACGUGACCUGUUUUGGCAGUUGAUCAUUACAUAGCUUUUCUUAGCUUCAAAGGAGUCUUCAGCUGUCUAUUCACUCCCUCAUUUCACCAUCCUCUUCUUCUUCAUCCACACCCCUCACAUAUAGCACAUUGUUGCACCUGUUAAAAAGUAAAAAGAAGCACAAAUGUUGUACUAUGUUCAAAGGUUAUUGUGAAAAUUUUACCAUUUGUUGUUAAGUAUUUCUGUAAUCUUACUAUUGCACUUCUGCAAAUAUUUUAAAUUGUCAAAAUUUGGAUUUUUGAAGAAAUGUUUCUACCAGUUCAGUUCAGUUUUAUUUUAAAUUCCACUGGAUACAUACACUUGUUGCAAAUUAGAAAUAAUCCAGGCUUAAAAGUAUAAACAAUGUAAAAGGAACUUAAAGAAUAUAAACGUAACAUAACAAAUACAGAGUAGAGGAGAAACAAGCUAAUAUUGUAAACAGGGAAUUAUUUAAAGGAGGAAACUUUCCAAAUGAACCAAAAUACGAGAGAUUAUUUGGUUCACACCCAGAUCACCUCUCACUUUCCAAACAACAUAAUUUUUGGUUAAACCAGGUUUGCAGGUGCGUAGCAAAAAGGAAAAAUAUAUUUUCUUUUCACUUGAUAUGUAACAAUAUGCUGCUUGGUUUAUCUGCUGGAUGAUUCAACUGAUCUUAGUGUUCCUUCCUUCACAAUUUGAAGGUUGCAUUGUGUGAUUUUGAAUUUGUGCAAUAUGGCAAUGUAUAUGUAAGCUAAUAUUCCCUAUAGUGUGGAGGGGUUUUUCAGUUUCAGUUUCAAAAAUGGCAAUUGCCCAAGAAAUCCUGCACCGGAUGAAAAAUAGUGCAGAACUGAAUAGAGCGUGAUAUUUAAGAAGAGUUCAUAAUUACUCGAAAAAAAAUUUAUUGGUAUUUUUAAGUAAAUAAUAGCAUUUUCAAGGUUAUUGUGGUGCAUUUCAAGAUAUCUCUUGGCUGGAACCUAGCUUAAGAUUAUAUUAACACACUCAUACUAUUCCUUCGAUUUGGAGAAAAAACCUUGAUCAUCAUAUUGAGAGACAUAUGCGUUCCUGUUUAAUUGUGCUAAUUUUCAUGAUAAUGUUGCAAUCAUAGAAUAUGCAACUACUUUUUGAUGCUGUUGAUAAAUUUUAUAUAGUAAUACUUCAAACCCUUGAAAACUGAUAGAACUGCCUUCUUGUUGCUUUAGAAAUCACAACUCAUGUAACAAAGACUGUCAGGGAAGAAGCACGGCCAAAAUAAUUAGAUAGCUUUGACUUCCUUAUUGUAGCUGUUAGAUGGAAAACCUUAUUUGUCAUUCAGAACUUGACUUAGCUGUCAAAUUUUUUGUGACAUACAGAGUACUUUUAUUUGCAUUUUAAAUACAUAUUUUAUAAAUGGAUAAUAUUUUUACCUAAUAAGCACUUCACCAAGAUUUCCAGUGCAGCUACCAUCAAUGAACUCUUCAGUAUUAGCAAGCUGAAAAAUAAGUGGUUGAAAAUAGAAAUAUUAGAAAAAAUAUAUAAAAUUGUAUUAAAACAUCUUAGCGCAAUUAAGCCACCAUUUUUAUACUUCACAAGGUCCUAGAAAUGUUCUUAUUCUUUUUAAAGAAUAAAUAAUGUAGCAGCUGUAAUUCAUACAUCUAUUAUCAUAAUAAAAAUACAAGGUUUAGGUUUUAA